AUGUCGCGGAUGAUCAACCAACCCUCGAACCAGAUCAAGCUGACCAACGUGUCCAUGGUCCGCCUGAAGAAGGGCAAGAAGCGCUUCGAGAUUGCGUGCUACAAGAACAAAGUCAUGGAGUGGCGUUCCGGGAUUGAGACGGACCUCGACAACGUGCUGCAGAUCCCUAACGUGUUUCUCAACGUGUCCAAGGGCCAGACGGCGCCCAAGGAGGAUUUGGAAAAGGCGUUUGGCAAGGGCAAGAGCACGGACGAUAUCGUGUUGGAGAUUUUGAAAAAGGGGGAGAUGCAGGUUGGCGGCAAGGAGAGGGCGGAGCAGACGGAGCGGGUGCAUAAUGAGGUGAUUGGGAUCGUGGCGAGUCGGCUUGUGGACCCGAGGACGAAAAGGGUGUAUACGACGGGUAUGAUUGAGAAGGCGCUUGAUAUGCUGAGUUCUGCGGCACACGGAGAUGGAGACGAUGGGCCUGGUGGGAAGAAGGGUGGUGCCGGCGCUGGCGGAGGAUCGAAGACGGCGAGCAGCACGGGGACGCCGGCGGGCGGGGAGGAGGGCGAGGCGAAGCCCCGCGAGAAGGGGUUCCACUGGACGGGCGUGACGACGACCAAGUCGGCCAAGUCGCAGGCGCUGGAGGCGAUGAAGGCGCUGAUUGCAGCGCAGCCUAUCCCUGUGCAGAGGGCGCGGAUGAGGUUGCGGGUGACGUGCGCGACGAGCGUUCUGAAGCAGGCUGUCAAGGAGAAGCCUGCUGCCGGUGGGAAGAAAGCAGGGGGCGACGACGGCGACGAGGAGCAGAAGCAGAAGCCUGGCACGGUCAAGGAUCGGAUUCUGGGGUUCGUGGAGCAGGUGGAGAGCCAGGACGUGCUGGGCAGCGAGUGGGAGGUUGUCGGGUUCGUGGAACCUGGCGCGUUCAAAGGGUUGGGGGAUUUCAUUGCGGGUGAGACGAAGGGGAUGGGAAGGGUUGAGGUUUUGGAUAUGGCUGUUAUUCAUGAGGAUUAA